AUUUAUAUACGUUUGUAUAUUAUUCGAUACGUCCCUAAAAAUACUUACAAAUUUCCAUUUUGGUCCGUUGCAAAAAAAAAUCAUUUUUCUUUUUUGUUAAAGAAUUUGUUAUUCAUGGUAAUUCUUACACUUUUAUCUUUCUUUUGUAACUCUUCAUCACACAAUUCUCAUUUUCUUGAUGCGUGUGUAAUUCAGGAAGGAGGGAGUAUUAAACAUAAGCUGGUCUUGUUUCUUUCCGGAAGUCUUCCCUCGUCUUGACCCUCAACUUUUCUCCCAUCCCAACUGCUAAAGAUUCCGACUUUACAGUGAAAAUAUAGCUUUUGAAUCUUCUUCUUCCACUUUCCUUAUGUUUUGGGGCUAUAUAAGUAUAUAACUGUGCGUGAUUGGGAUGUAAGUAAUCGAAGGGGAGCUGUUAGCCUGUUCAUUUAGGUUAGGUGUGGGCAGUGUUUGGUCUCUUGUUAAAUACACUGUUUUGCUUGGUAGAUUGUGCUGUUUAGGGCUCUUUUAUGGGCCCAGAUUUCCACUGAGGUGGGUUUUCAUGGUGGAAUUAGGACUAUUUUCCGCGCUGCUUUUAUCUUUUCUGAACCCAUUUCUUGCUGUCUCGCAUUUGGGGGUCUAGGGUUCCUUUAUUAAAGAUAAGAUUUGGCUUUUUUUUAGGUUUCCUCCUUUUCCUAUUUUGUGAUUUGGGUCGAUUUCUUUCUCUUGGUUAUGUGAAUCUUGGUAUCUUUCUUGAUUCAAUUUGGUGCUCAGUUUCAGAGCUUAGUCCUUGAAGAGUUGAUCUUACUUUCCGGUUGAUGUUUCCAUGGUUUGCAAGUAGAAAUUAAAUUUGUGAAUUGGGAAUGAAUGUUGAAUUAAAGUAGGAUUGCAUUUGGUGAAUUAGAAAUGGCUAAUCGUCUGAGAACAGAUAGAGUUAUUCAGCCUCCUCUGGUUGAUUCAACAACUUGUCUUUGUAGAGUGGAUGCUGGGCUAAAAACGGUUGCUAGCGCUAAACGGUACGUGCCCGGGUCCAAACUCUGUCUUCAGCCAGACAUCAAACCGUCUAUCCAGACCACUCGGCCCAAACACACCCGCGACAAGAGCCGAACCCAAUCCCCCCUUCUCCCAGGCCUCCCCGACGAUCUCGCUAUUGCUUGCCUUAUCCGUGUCUCUAGGGUUGACCAUUCAAAGCUCCGUCUUGUUUGCAAAAGAUGGUACCGUCUCUUAUCUGGGAACUUCUACUACUCCCUCAGGAAGAAACUUGAAAUCGCCGAAGAAUGGGUUUACGUCAUCAAGAAGGACCGGGAGGGUAAGGUGUCAUGGCAUGCGUUCGAUCCAGCAAACCAGUUGUGGGUCCCACUCCCACCUGUUCCCAAAGAAUAUUCCGAAGCAAUAGGGUUCGGGUGUGCUGUCCUCAGCGGCUGUCACCUCUAUUUGUUUGGCGGGAAGGAUCCAGUCAAAGGUUCCAUGAGACGGGUUGUAUUUUAUAGCGCACGGAGCAAUAAAUGGCACCGGGCCCCAGACAUGCUCCGCCGCCGCCAUUUUUUUGGGUUUAGUGUGAUGAACAACUGUUUAUAUGUAGCCGGUGGAGAGAAUGAGGGGGUUCAUGGGUCAUUGAAGUCUGCAGAGGUCUAUGACCCAAACAAGAACAGGUGGUCGUUCAUUGCUGAUGUAAGCACCCCUAUGGUGCCAUUCAUUGGGGUGGUUUACAACGGGAGGUGGUUCUUGAAAGGGUUGGGGGUCCACCGGGAAGUUGUGAGCGAGGUCUAUGAGCCAGAGACAGACAAGUGGGAGCCGGUUCAUGAUGGAAUGAUGUCGGGGUGGAGGAACCCUAGCGCCGCCCUCGAUGGGCGGCUCUAUGCGGUGGACUGUAGGGAUGGAUGCAAGCUGCGUGUUUACGAUGACGCGGCUGGCUCUUGGAGCAACAAGCGCAUCGACGGGAGGAUGCACUUGGGGACCUCAAAGGCUUUUGAGGCAGCGGCGCUCCUCCCGCUCAACGGGAAGCUGUGCGUUGUGAGGAACAACAUGAGUGUAUCCCUUGUUGAUGUGGCGAGAUGCGGCGGUGACGUGGUGGGGACAGAGCACCUGUGGGAGAAUAUCGGCGGGAAGGAGGGACAGCUGAAGAGUUUGGUUAGUAAUUUCUUAAAUAGUAUUGCGGGGAGGAGCCGACUCAAGAGUCACAUUGUUCACUGCCAAGUUCUUCAGACUUGAUUAACUGUAGAAGCUUUGAGAAAUUGAAAUUGUUGUGUGAUGUUAAUGUAAGGAGCAUAUAUGGUAAGGAGUAUGCCUGCCUGCCUUCUUGUUGUAUCAUAUAAAAAAUUGAAGUUAGCAUGUAAUCCCUCCGUCCCUUUGGCGAAGUCCAACGGGACGGAGGGAGUACUAUUUAUUACUCCGUAGUAAGGUAGAGACUUUAACAAAAAAAAGCUAAAAAAAAAGUGCUUCCUUUUGCCUUCUAGGACUUUCCUGCCAUUUCACCUAAUACAUAGAAAGACAGCUCUUGUAUCUUUUGAAACCCAAAGUUCCAUUUUAAACAAUAGAUCUUUUAACAGGUCCCGAUGAAUUGACUCAUUUCAUUCGAUU